AUGAGUACAUGUAACUGGGCUGAAAACUUGACACAACAUCACAUCAUUUUUGUCAAACCUCCUGGCGUAGCUAGUCCAAAGGGACAUCAGGGCGAGAGAGGCUUGCCAGGGCCACAAGGACCACCUGGACUAACUGGAACUCUGGGAACCCAGGGCCCCCGGGGACUGCCCGGAGAGAUUGGCCAAGAUGGUCCCAAGGGGACGUCUGGAGACCCAGGGGUCACAGGUCCUAUUGGUCCACCAGGCCAGAAGGGCUCAAGAGGAGAGUCAAGUUUUCCAGGGCCGCCGGGUGCCAUGGGGAUGCCAGGGUUCAAAGGUCACAAGGGGGACAGAGGUGAGACGGGCUCUAAAGGACACCAGGGGGAGCCAGGCAGAGAUGGAGAUCCAGGGACUCCUGGUGUACCUCUGCCCGUGGGCCCAUGUUAGAACAAACUUACACCGAUCCCUAAGUUCAAAAGAAGCACUGAAGAAGCUUGCAAAGAAACUGCUUCAGUUCAA